AUGGGUUCCACCAUUUCUACUUCUUCAGAAUUUAGUGAAUCCCAUUGGUUAUCCGAAGAUGUUGAUGAUGACGAUAACACUUCUCAACAACAACAACGAGACCCACCUGUAUGCUCAUCAUCGUCAUCUUCGGAUACACAAAAGGUCACUAUUGACAUCAAUCGUUCAGCAGAUUCAACUCAAACGAAUCACGCCAACAACAAUGAAAUCAAGUCACCCUCCUCCCGUUCUCAUCGCUCCAAUACUACUAAACUCCAAUUCUUUAAAAGAAAUAACAACCACUCCCGACCACAAUCGUUCAACAUUUAUCUUCUCUCAUGCUCGGAUUGUGGUAAAACAUGUUUUUCCAACCAAAUUAAAUCCAAAUUCGGAUUCAAGCCUUACCCCAAUGAAAAGGCUAGACUUACUCUCAUCAUGAAAACAUGUUUGAACACACUCUAUGAAAUUAUAUUUAAUAUCAUGAAUCAACAAGAAAAGGAUGAAUUCUUAACUGACAUUUUGAAUUAUGAUGGAAAUAUUAGUCAAACGAACAAUCCAAAUGAAUUGUUUGAUUUUAUUUGUAACAUGAAUUCGUUGAGCACAAAAUUUGAAUUUACAAAACAAGCCUCAAUGAUAUGCGGACAAUACAUUCAAUACAUUUGGAGAAAAUAUCCAAUCAUUAGAGAUUUAUAUUGGAAACACAAAGAAACUCAUAACUUGAAUGACAAUUCCCAAUAUUCAUUCCUCAUUACAACAAAAGUAGCUCCAAAACACUCUGAAUUAUCACCUCAAAUCAAACCAAAAUAUGGUGUCGAUGCAUCAUCCUUUCCUUCUGCUGAAUUUGAAGAAAUUACUCCGUCUCUACCAUCAAGUAGCUCAUCCAUAUUAUCACUUCAUCGACCUUUAUCUCUCAAAGACAAAUAUACUCCUCUUAUUCGAUGUCUCACAAUUGGUAAAAGUGAAACUACUCUCAAUUAUGAUUCAAAGACUAGUUUCACACUUGUAGAUGUUGGUGGAAGAGCUUCUGAAAAAAAGAAAUGGGAAUUCUUCCUAAAAGACAAAAGAGCUGAUUUUGUCCUGUAUUUUGUAUCCAUGUGUGAAUUUAAUCAAACAUUGAUUGAAAAUGAUUCUGUCAAUCGUAUGAGUGAAAGUCUGAACACAUACAGAGAUGUCAUUAAUAGAGCUCUCUUACGGGAAUGUAAAAACGUCAUUCUCAUCUUUACCAAACCAGACUUGUUUAUGAAUAUGGUCGUUACAAGAGGAGUGGAAUGCAAAAAUUUGAAAAGUCUCUUAUUUGAAUCUUUAUAUUUUCUGAAUAGUACCAUUUCUACCACAACUGCCAUGACGAGUACAACAACCAUGAUGACCACCAUGAUGACCACAACUUCCUCAAUCCUCCAAUCUUCACACUCGUCCACUCAGGCAUUGAUGGUAUUGGCACCCAAUGAUAUCCAUCCUCCUCCCAAUGCCCAACCUAUGACAAAGCUUGAUCAUCAAUACACCUCUCAUCAUCAUCAUCAAACCUCUCAACAAGAUCAUGACAUUGAUGGUCAUUGUAGUAAUGAAACGAGUACUAGUACGAGUAGUAGUAGUUGUACUCCAAGAAAUACCACAAGUUCAACCUCAAUUCUUUCAACACUCGAGAAUGACACAAAUAGUUCUAAAAGCACUUCUACUACCUCUCACACAAAAUCGACCACCAACACGAAUACAACACUCGAGGAUCAAACAAAUUCUUCAACAACUGCCAACAACACCACUACUAGCUUUACGAGUUCAGCAAUGACCAAUAACAACAACCAUAGCAGUGCAUGGAAUAUGACAACGACGAGUUUUACUUCAUCAAAUAUUUAUUCACCAUCGACAGUCUCUCCAAUUCGACCAGAAUUACAACAUGUACAUCACCAAGUGAAACAACAAGUUUCAGACAUGGUCAACUUAUUUGAGCAAGUUCACAGAGAUUCGUUCUACCAUUAUGUGAAACCAUUCCAAUAUCAUAUUGUAAAUUGUAUUGAUGGUGAGGAAUGUGGAGAAUUCAUAGAUAUAUUAAUAAGAGAGACCAUUGUCAAGUGCUGUAUUGAAGGUGGUCUUCAAGAAAGUACUUGCGCAUCAUCUGUAAUUCAAUAUCAGCCAUUUAUUUCAAAAUGUUUAUUAGAACCUAAAGUCCCUUGGUUGCAGCAACAGCUUAAUACCUUAGUUGAAAAGUUGUUGUUGUCAAGUUCGAAUCAAGUGGACCAAACAAAUGGAAGCAGCAGUGCUGAUCAUUACCGUCGACUGUUGGACGUGUGUUCCCUCGUGGAUCCUCAAUUUUGGUAUGAUUUGGAAAACAAAAAAUUAUUGGAAUAUCGGUUAGAUAAUCAAGCAAAGCCUAUCUUUGCCACAUACACCACUGGUAGAGUUUUUAAUUCCCAAGUUUUGAACGCUAUUCAACAGCAGCAUCAUGGAUCUCAAGAACCAUCAAGCGCAUCUCUGAGCUCUAAAUGGAGGUUAGGAGAGAAUGCUUUUUCAUCUAAUUGUGCUUCAAAUCCUUACAUGUUUCAAUCACCUGGUACUCUGUACAAUGCAAACACGAUUGAAGAAUUUAAUAAUUAUGACAAGAAAACCAUGCUGAGAAAAAUAGGAACUGAGACAAUUUAUGAAAAUCAAAUCAAGAAUGGCCAAUGGUUAUUGAACCCAACUGAAUUGACUCAUUUCUUAUUGAUCACUUUUGCUGACCUUAAACACCAUAGUUUUUAUUAUUGGUUUGCAUUUCCAUCAUUGUCUUUCCCUGAUAUGGAAAUCGUUUACGACAAUCAUAAGUAUUUACAACAAGAACCACAUGGCUUUUAUUUCGUUGAAAUUUCUACUGAUGAGACAAUUGUUAAAGUGAGGCCAUUAAGCGAUUGGCAAGAAAUUAAUUUUGAUCAGGCAUAUUUGGGAUUUUCUGAUCCAAGUGCUUUGAAAGAAUAUCCAAGUUGGAUUUUAAGAAAUUAUCUAUUGGCUGCUUCGUCAACAUUUAAUAGGAAAGCUUUCAAAGUAUUAUGUUUCAGGGAAGAUCCAGCCAGAAAGGACGUCAGCGCAAGUAUUACUUUGAACACUGAAUUGAAGUAUAACAAUGAUAGAGUCGAAGAACCAUCGUCCUCUCUUAGCGUUGUUGGGUGGGAAAAGAAUGCAAAAAACAAGUUAGGUCCCAGAUAUGUGAAUAUGGGUAGUACAAUGGAUCCUGUCAAAUUAGCAGAGACUUCUGUGACGUUAAAUCUUCAACUCAUGAAAUGGAGAAUGUUUCCCUCUCUCGAUUUAGACAUGUUGUCAAAAACGAAAUGUUUAUUGAUUGGAAGUGGUACUUUAGGUUGUCAUGUUGCUCGUAAUUUGAUGGCCUGGGGUAUUUUCAACAUUACAUUUUUAGAUAGAACCAAAGUGAGUUUUAGUAAUCCUGUAAGGCAGCCACUUUUUGAAUAUGAAGAUUGUUUUGAUGGUGGGAAAGAUAAGGCCACUUGUGCAGCCGAACAUUUACGUAAAAUUUAUCCGAAUGUAAACACGAAAGGUGUCAACUUGGAAAUUCCAAUGCCAGGACAUUUCGUAACAGAUUCUGAAAAAACACGAGCAAAUGUAGACCAGUUAGAAAAGCUCAUUGAAGAACAUGAUGCAGUAUUCUUAUUGACUGAUACUCGUGAAUCAAGAUGGUUGCCCUCAUUGAUUGCUGUUCAAAAGAAGAAGAUUGUGAUUAAUGCUGCCCUUGGAUUUGAGUCCUAUCUUGUGAUGAGAUAUGGAGUCUAUGAGAACAGUAACAUCACUGCAAGUAGUGCGAAAAAGGAACGACUUGGAUGUUAUUUUUGUAAUGAUGUUGUUGCACCUGUGAAUAGUACUAAGGAUAGAACUCUUGAUCAACAAUGUACAGUCACGAGACCUGGUGUCAGUGCCAUUGCAGGAUCUCUUGCUGUAGAGUUGUUGGUUUCAUUGUUGCAUCAUCCUUUGAAAAAUCAUGCAGGUGCUUUUAAUCCAAAACUUUUACAUGAAUCCAACAAGACACAAGAACUUGUGAAUAAUCAUGACAGCACACAAAGUGAUUUGGGUGUUGUUCCUCAUCAGAUACGCGGAUCCAUUUCCAACUAUCAAACCAAUUUGUUGUAUGGAUCCUCUUAUUCUCAAUGCACAUGCUGUUCUCAUGUUGUGAUAAGUGGAUAUGAGAGAGAGGGUUAUCAAUUCUUGGAAAGAGUAUUCAAUGACAGCAAGUAUCUGGAAGAAUUAACAGGAUUGAAAGAGCUACACGAAAAAACCUUGAAAAUGUUAGAAGGGCUAGCCUUAGAGGAUGAAGAGGUGAGCGAUGAUGAGGAUCAAGAGAAGAAAAAGACAGAUGAUGACGAUGGAUUUACACUGUUAUAG